CCCUGAACGCGCCUCCAGGCAUUUGGAGUAACCUGCUCCGGUCUGCGUCAACAACCGCUCCGGUGUCUCCGGCUGUUUGUGAGACGCGGCGCAUCUACAAGAACCCGGGAGCAAGACACACCCGGUCCGGCUGCUGUGUUCACAGAGGUCCGGUGAACCUUCCUUCUGUUGGACUUCGACCCUGAAGGUCUCUUUACCUGUUGCUGAGUCCCUUCGUCACCUGAUGUUCUUCCUGUUCCUCGGAUUCCUGUCUGACUGUCUGAGAGCCUCCAUCAGUUCUCCUGGCGUCUCCACCCACUGCUGCGCGAUGAGUGGAUGAUGUCUGAGAGCAGCUGCUAUGGCCUGCAGCGGUGGUCAGAGCAAUGCAGAAAACCUGGAGGGCUUCCAUGAGGUGAACUUGGCCUCGCCCACCACCCCCGACCUUCAGAACCAGGCGGAGCAGCGCCCGCCCGCCCGUCACAGCGCCCCGCCCGCCUCUCUGUACCGCACCCACUCCCUGGGGGCCCCCCCCGCCGGGCGCCCCACCUCCCUGCGGGCCGACCAGCUCCCCACGCAGCCGGUGUACUCCACGCCGAGGCAGAGCCACAAUGGGAGUGUGGCAGGCCAGGAGGCGGAGUCUGCUGAGGGCCACUUCCUGUCUGGAGAGAGCGCGGAGGAGUGCAGCGCUGUGAGCGACAGCCCGUCGGUGCUGGAGGUCCGAGAGAAAGGAAACGAGAGGAUGAAGGAGGAGCUGGCCAAGGCCCAGAGGGAUCUGCUGUUGAAGGAUGAGGAGUGUGAGAGGUUGUCUAAAGUCAGAGACCAGCUCGGCCAGGAGCUGGAGGAGCUCACCGCCAGUCUCUUCCAGGAGGCCCACAAAAUGGUCCGAGAAGCAAACGUCAAACAGGCGAACGCUGAAAAACAACUGAAAGAAGCUUUGGGAAAGAUCGACGUCCUCCAGGCGGAGGUCCAGGCCCUGAAGACCCUGGUGCUCUCCUCCCCGACCUCCCCGCUGGGCGAGCUCCCCUCUGCAGGGGGCGGGGUGAAGACCCCCUUCAGGAAGGGCCACAGCAGGAACAAGAGCACCUCCUCGGCCAUGAUGGGCACGCAGCCCGACGCCUCGGCCACGCAGCCCCUCGUACGCGAGUGCAGAGAGGUGGACGGUCAGCUGUUCAGCGACUUCAAGGCGUGGAGGGAGGAGCCGACGCUGGACCGGAACUGCUGCUUCCUGGAGCGGGUCUAUCGCGAGGACAUCUACCCCUGCCUGACCUUCAUCAAGGGCGAGCUCGGGUCGGCCAUCUUGGAUGCCGUGGAGCAGAACACGCUCAGCGUGGAGCCGGUCGGCUUCCAGCCGCUGCCGGUGGUCAAAGCCUCGGCGGUGGAGUGUGGAGGACCAAAUGGGCGAAAGGACGAGCUCGUGACAAAAUGUGCCCUGAGCGGUCAGACCAAAACCUGUAAGCACAGAAUCAAGUUCGGGGACUCGUCCAACUACUACUACGUGUCUCCCUAUUGUAGAUAUAAAAUCACAACCGUUUGUAACUUCUUCACCUACAUUCGCUACAUCUACCAAGGGCUGGUGAAACAGCAGGAUGCGGAGCAGAUGUUCUGGGAGGUGAUGCAGCUCCGCCGUGAAAUGUCCUGCGCCAAGCUCGGCUACUACAAAGACCAGCUGUGACCGCCGGACCCCCCCCCCCCCCCCCAUCCCCCCACCCCACCUCCCCCAUUUGUUUGCUAGGAAAGAAAAAACGUUUUGAUAUCUGAUCUUUACUUUAUGUACAUGCAACACUCCGAUAUACGAAGCAUCCGAGGAGCUUUUGUUUCUGUUUCCUUGAGAAUAAAAAACAUCCAAGUAAAUCCUCACGUCAAACUGAGGACACAAGAUGCAGGAUCAGAGACGUUCACACGUCAUUAAAGGACAAAACAGCAGCACAUGUAACAUAUAAGGGAUCAAAUCGCAGCAUAAGUACAAAGUUCUGAUAAACUAUGGUAUUUUAUCCAAUCAUUAAUAUGAGGAUAAGUAACUGUUCUCUACCUUUUGUGUUUUAAUCGUUCACUCAUUUUUAAAGAAAUGACAUUUUUUAAAUUAACCUGACUUAUUCAAGUGCGGCUUUAAAUAUCAAAACUUUAUUUUCAAAAUACAAUUUUUUCUGAAUUCAUAUCAAAUUUUCACUUUCCAAUGAAUUCAAUUAUAUUUCUGUAACUAAUUGAAGGUGUUGAAUGAUCUUGUGUCCUCGGUUUGUUGCUCUGUUUACAGCACCACUAAAAAGAAGAAGAGCUGCUGAGUAUUUAACGCACUACAAUCCAGUCAUUGUGAAACCAUGUAUAAGCUUUCCUUUCAUUUGAGACAAUCAUCACAUCUCCAACCCGUCGCUGGAGCUCCGAGGCGCUAAUGAUUACUUCCUUCACGUCCUGAACCUUCUCAGAACAUCUCCACGUGAGGGCAGAAUGCUGCGGAGUCCUAAAUGUCCCCCGUGUCUCCGGCCUGCUGGACGAGGACGUGUGUGUUUGUACGCCUGGUGUCGUCUAAACUUUCUAUAUAUAUAUAUAUAUAAAUAUAUCUGUUAAUUUAAAGCUGACUCCUCUGCAUCUCUGUUAUUCAGCAUCACUCCCGGUUUGGUUUAGUGCCUUUUUCUCUGACACUGAAAUAAAAACUGUAAUACCUCUGGAAGCUGCUGUGAUCC